CAUUCAACAUAAUUAUCAUAACUUUCCCUCCCUUUUUUUACGCCUAAAAAAUUACUUUACUACCCUUUUUUACCAACACGUGGCCUCCACCAUCACGUGAAAAGAGUGUCCUGUUUUUUCUUUCCAAAUCAAUUCAUCAACAUUCGAUUCAAACGCAACACAAUGUGUCAAAUGAUUCAAAACACUUGUUUUCUUUUUUCUUCACAAUUCUCAUUUCUUCUUCAACUAUGGGACUUUCUUCCAAACACACUCCUCGUACCCCAACAUAUCUCUUACCUUGUGUUAUUGCUCUCUCUUUCUUCUCUCUCACCGCACUUCUUCUCUACAAGGUAGACAACGUUGCUAGCCGAACCGGAACAGUUGUAGGACACAACCUAGAACCAACGCCAUGGCAUGUUUUUCCUACCAAACCCUUCGAUGAAGAGACUCGUCAGAGCAAAGCCUAUAAAAUUAUACAGUGUUCUUACCUUACGUGCCGUUAUGCAGACUCCGGUGGCAUAGAAGGCAGAGAAAGUCUGUCUUCUGCCGCCGGAGAUGCAAAACAGCCCAAUUGUCCGGAUUUCUUCCGGGCGAUCCGGAAGGAUCUGGAACCAUGGAAGAGAACAAAAAUUUCUAAAGGGCAUUUGAAAGAAGCACAAAAGUAUGCUGCUUUUAGAGUGGUGAUUAUUGGAGGGAAAAUGUUUGUUGAUUGGUAUUAUGCUUGUGUUCAAAGUAGGGCUAUGUUUACUGUUUGGAGUUUGUUGCAGCUUUUGAGAAGGUAUCCUGGGUUGGUUCCUGAUGUGGAUUUGAUGUUUGAUUGUAUGGAUAAACCUAGUAUUAACAAAACAGAACAUAUUUCAAUGCCUUUGCCAUUGUUUCGUUAUUGUACCACAAAGGAACAUUUUGAUAUACCUUUUCCUGAUUGGUCCUUCUGGGGAUGGCCAGAGAUAAACAUACGACCGUGGCAGGAAGAGUUUCCAGAUAUCAAGCAAGGUUCUCAGGCUGUUAGUUGGAAAAAUAAGAAGCCGCUAGCAUACUGGAAAGGAAAUCCAGAUGUUUUAUCUCCUGUUCGUACUGAAUUACUAAAUUGCAAUGAUUCUAGGCAGUGGGGAGCAGAAAUUUUGCGUCAGGAUUGGGGCGCGGCUGCUAGAAGUGGCUUUAAGGAAUCAAAACUUUCGAAACAGUGUAAUCACAGGUAUAAGAUCUACGCUGAAGGUUAUGCAUGGUCUGUGAGUUUGAAAUAUAUUCUCUCAUGUGGUUCUGUUGCACUAAUUAUAUCACCUCAAUAUGAAGAUUUUUUCACUCGUGGCCUUGUUCCAAAUCGAAGCUUUUUGCCUGUUAAACCUCAAGAUCUAUGUCCAUCUAUAAAGCGCGCUGUAGACUGGGGAAAUAAACACACAAGAGAGGCUGCGGCGUUGGGCAAAAGAGGACAAGAUUAUAUGGAAAGCUUGAACAUAGAUCGAAUUUACGAUUACAUGUUCCACCUUAUCUCAGAAUACUCAAAACUUCUCGACUUCAAGCCUACUGCACCUUCAUCUUCCUUGGAAGUUUGCUCGGAAUCUGUUCUUUGCUUUGCUGAUGAGAAGCAGAGGGAAUUCCUUAGUCGAUCAGCUACCACCCCUUCACAAACCCCUCCCUGUAAUCUCCAAACUGCAUAGAGUGAGUGAUCUUGUAUUUUGCUGCACAAAAAUACUGAACAAAGGAUGUGAUGGGAACAUCUAAUACCCAAGAACAUGAAAUCACAGUGAAUUGGCAUAUACUAUAGUGAGUUCUAUUGUUGGUAUCAAAAGAAAAGGAUCAUUAUUGAAUGUAAA